CGAGAGGCUCGCGAUAAGCAAAUCGACGCGACGAACUGACGAUCUAUCAAUUUGGUGAUUUAGAGCCACGUUAGCCAAUGAACUGGCAGUUGUGCGCGUUAGGCAAAGCCUAGCAGAACGCAACGGAUUAUCGAGAGAAAGCAGCCAUUCCAAGAAGCUGUCUAUAGCAAGAGUGAAGCGUGUGUGCAAAAGCAAAGUGUUUCGGUUGUAAAAAGAAGUUCGCGAUUUUCAACACUUGCUUUUUAUAUUUGGGAUUUGCUCAGAAAAUUAUACAAUUUUUAUGUUGAAGUGAACGCGUUUAAAAAUGGAUCCCAAUACGACGCAUAGCGAUCUGUAUGAUUUGCCGCAUGGCCAGCCACACGCGCAAUCACAUAUUACAUUCGCCAACGAUUAUGAAAAAGAAAAGGAAGAGUCCACACUGGAUGACAUACUCAUACGCAUUGGACAAUUCGGUCCAUUUCAGCUGAUUAUAUUGCUAUUGAUAUGCAUGGCGAUGUUGUUUAGCGCGAUAUUCUCGAUUACAUAUGUAUUUACGGCGAGUAGUGUAGUGCACAGAUGUAAAAUUCCUGAAUGCGAUAGCGCUUCAAGCAAUUACGAGGAGAACUGGACCCAAUUUACCAUUCCCAAGAAAAAUAAUGGUUUGGAUCAAUGUAAUCGUUUUGUGGGUAAUUAUACACAGAAUCAAGUGUCACAAAAUGAAUCACUCGGGUUCUGCUAUGCACAUAAUUUUGACAGCACCCAGAAGGAGCGCUGUUCAGACAACAAUUUCAUAUAUCGCGAUAAGGAAGUAACUAUAGCAAAUGAGUUCAAUAUUUACUGCGAGGAUGAAUGGAAAUUGACGCUGGUGGGCACAAUAGGCAACGUGGGACAAUUUGUAGGCAUACCAUUGGGUGGUUUUAUAUCCGAUCGCUAUGGUCGACGCACUGCGCUCGCUUAUGGUGGUUUCUUUAGCGCACUCUUGGGUUUACUGCGCUCGUUUACGCCCAGCUACGCUUCGUUUCUAAUUUUCGAAUUUCUAGAUAACAUUGCGUCGAGUCCUAUGUACUCCGUUUGCUUCAUUUUGGGCAUUGAAUUAGUCGGUCCAAAACGUCGUGUUAUGGCUUGCAGUCUUAUUACCAUUUUCUAUGCCAUCGGCGAGGUAGCACUUGGACUUGUGGCAAAAUAUUAUCAAAAUUGGCGUGUCAUUUUACGCAUUGUUUACAUACCGGCCAUUGUAUUUAUCACAUAUAUUUGGAUACUACCGGAGAGCAUACGUUGGCUGAUGAGUCAGGCUAAGGAGGAGGAUGCCAAGAACAUAUUGCAACGUGCUGCGAGAGUGAAUAAACGCAAACUUUCCAAUGGCUCGCUGGAUAAAUUGAUUUUAUCGAAUCGCGUGAAAUUGGCUACGGCAACAGGUGGUCGUUUUCCAAUUAUAGAAUCUUUUAAAAAACUAACAUGGCGCAUAAUAAAUUGUUCCUUCUGUUGGAUUAUCGUUGUGCUCGUCUAUUAUGGCAUUAGUUUGAAUGCGGUGCUUUUGGAUGGCAAUAAAUACAACAAUUUCAUAUUUAUUGCGCUUAUCGAGAUACCUGGCUUCUUUCUGCCGCUCAUUAUCAUGCCUCGCUUUGGUAGAAGGUACUCACUGUGCGGCACAAUGCUGUUGAGUGGCUUGUGCUGCUUGAUAACGACUUUUCUACCGUCUGAUCAGUUCGUUUGGCGUUUAAUACUGUUUCUAAUUGGCAAGCUGAUGAUUACGGCAGCUUUUCAAGUGUUGUACUUUUUCACAUCGGAAAUCUUUCCGACAAAUGUACGGAAUAGUUUGCUUUCGUUCUGUUCGAUGGUGGGUCGUGUGGGCUCUAUGUUAGCGCCACAAACGCCGCUAUUGGCCAAGUACGAUGAAAGCGCUCCCGCCAUUUUAUUUGCGAUUUGUGCGAUUACAAGCGGAAUUUUGUCGCUUUUCUUUCCGGAAACGACAGAUGUUAUAUUACCAACAACAGUGCAUGAUGCACACAUCAUAGGCACAAAGCCGCCAAAAAAUAAAACUGAAGUGAAUGCUAAUGAGAAUUCAUGAAGCUUUAACCACAUAUAAUUAAUUAAAAAAAUGCAAUUGUUACACUUUCAAAAAGUAUAUAAUGAAUUAGAGCUUAAUAACAAUAAAAAAAAAAAAACAGAAUAAUAAAAAUACAAAAAAUUGAACUGAAAAUCAUACACAAUACUAUAUCAUAAUGUUAGCAAACGACUCUUAUUAAAGGCGAAUAACCUCACUUAAGCCGUUGACCGCAAAAUUCAUAAUAAAUAUCUCGCGUAAUAUAAACUGACCCUAACCUAAGACAACUUUAAAUAUUUUUAAAAUGUUUAAAUGUAAUUCAAAGCUGUUCACAUGUGUACUAGAUUAAUUUGCACGUGUUCAGUUAAUAAAUGUUAACUGUAUACUUGUCACAAGUGCCACAAGCUUCUAUACCACAGUGCCUAUA